AUGACAACAGACCCCGCCCCAUGGCAACAGGCCCCGCCCCAUGGCAACAGGCCCCGCCCCAUGGCAACAGGCCCCGCCCCAUGGCAACAGGCCCCGCCCCAUGGCAACAGGCCCCGCCCCCCGUGGCAACAGACCCCGCCCCCAUGGCAACAGACCCCGCCCCCAUGGCAACAGACCCCGCCCCACGGCAACAGACCCCGCCCCCGGCAACAGACCCCGCCCCAUGGCAACAGACCCCGCCCCACGGCAACAGACCCCCCGCCCCACGGCAACAGACCCCGCCCCACGGCAACAGACCCCGCCCCCGGCAACAGACCCCGCCCCCACGGCAACAGACCCCGCCCCACGGCAACAGACCCCGCCCCCGGCAACAGACCCCGCCCCACGGCAACAGACCCCGCCCCACGGCAACAGAUCACGGCAACAGACCCGCCCCCGGCAACAGACCCCGCCCCACGGCAACAGACCCCGCCCCCCGGCAACAGACCCCGCCCCACGGCAACAGACCCCGCCCCACGGCAACAGACCCCGCCCCACGGCAACAGACCCCGCCCCAUGGCAACAGACCCCGCCCCAUGGCAACAGACCCCGCCCCCGGCCCCCGCCCCACGGCAACAGCCCCCGCCCCACGGCAACAGACCCCGCCCCACGGCAACAGACCCCGCCCCACGGCAACAGACCCCGCCCCACGGCAACAGACCCCGCCCCACGGCAACAGACCCCGCCCCACGGCAACAGACCCCGCCCCACGGCAACAGACCCCGCCCCACGGCAACAGACCCCGCCCCCACGGCAACAGACCCCGCCCCACGGCAACAGACCCCGCCCCAUGGCAACAGACCCCGCCCCACGGCAACAGACCCCGCCCCAUGGCAACAGACCCCGACCCCGCCCACAGCGACUGGCCACGCCCCCUCCCUCCACGUGUACUGCGGCUCGGCGCGAGCGGGGCGGGGGAGAGCGGUGUCCGUCUGA